AUGAAUUUUCCGACCAAGUGGGUUGAGUGGAUAUCUUGUUGUUUAUCUUCUGCGACUACUUCGGUGCUUGUUAAUGGUAGUCCUUCUGACCAGAUUAAGCUGAAGAGGGGGGUGCGCCAGGGGGAUCCAAUUUCGCCGUAUCUAUUCCUUAUUGCUGUAGAGGGGCUUAAACGCAUUCUUGACAGGUCUGGGGAGUUAGGAUUUACCAAUGGGUUUCGGUUCUCAGCUGAGCAUGAUCCUAUCUCGUUACUUCAAUUUGCGGAUGACACAAUUUUGUAUAUACCUUAUGACAGGGAGCAGCUUAGAAACUUGAUUCAGAUUCUUUGUUGCUUUGAGUUGAUUUCGGGAUUGAACAUUAAUUAUUAUAAAAGCUCAAUUAUGGGAGUUAAUAUCGAUGAGAUGGACUUGUUAGAUGCAGCGCAGAUGGUUGGUUGUAUUGUAGAGAAGUUGCCAAUCAAGUACCUUGGUUUACCUCUCGCAAGUCGAAAGCUCUCUGCUGGAAGUAUGCCUGCCGUGGUUCAACAACAAUUGGAGUCGUAUAUGAUACAGUUCCUCUGGAAGGGUGAUAUUUCGUCUCGUGCUUUGAGUAAAGUCCCUUGGAAAGUCAUUUGUCAAAGUUUUAAGGAGGGAGGUCUGGGUAUUCAUAAUCUUAAAGUCAGGAAUCAGAGUCUGCUGUUUAAAUGGAUUUGGAAAAUUAGAAUUAGUAAUGGACCUUCUCUUUGGUUCAAUGUUGUUUCUAGUUGUUCUUGUAUUGAUGGUUGA